AUGGGAUUCGAUCUUGAAGCUGUACGCAUCACCGCGUUGCCUGAGGAUGCAUUCUAUAUUUCGGACUUCAUUACAGAGGACGAGGAGAAUUGGUUACUUCAGAAGGUAAAAUCAGCGCCGCUGCCACGUUGGACCCAGCUCUCGCAUCGCAGACUUCAAACAUGGCCAUCAGCCCUCACCAAAAGUAAUGCGCUUCUCGCAUCGCCCCUACCAGCUUGGCUUAGAUCACCGAUUGUCGAGCCGCGGUUUGAGGCACUGCGUAUCUUCAACGAUGCGCCACACCAGGCGCCCAACCAUGUCCUAGUAAACGAGUACCAGCCUGGACAGGGGAUCAUGCCACAUGAAGAUGGAGCAGCGUACUAUCCACUCGUUGCGACAGUGAGUCUAGGUGCACCAAUUGUGCUCGAUGUGUAUGACAAACAUACCCAAAGCGACAGGGGAAGCGGUACACAAAUCAAGGCCGGAAGAGAUGUUGCCGGGAUGCUUGAAAGAAAUCAAAGACCUCAAUACAGGGUCUUACAGGAGAGACGGAGUCUGUUGAUCACGAGGGGCAAGAUGUACACCGAUCUUCUGCAUGGCAUCGAGGGAACGACGAGAGAUGAGGAUCUGGGCCCCGACUCUAUCUCCAACUGGGAGCUCUUGCGGGAGAAGGAACCGUACCAGAGCGGGUGGUAUGAGCGGAAGACGAGGACUAGCCUCACAUACAGGGACGUGCUUCAAGUUGUGAAGAUGGGGAAUACCUUGAAAUUUUUAGGGAGGUAA